AUGUUAAAGCAAUUGUGUAAAAGAUAUAGGUUCAUCUGUAUUGUUCUGCUUUCGGCGUCCGUCGCCGUGGCCCUUGCAGCGCCUCAGGGGUACUCUUUGUCCUCGCCUUCUGGACAAGGAUUUUCUCACGGAGGUAGCAGCGGAGGUGGAAGUUUCUCCGGCGGUGGAGGCGGUGGAUUCUCCAGCGGUGGAGGUGGUGGAUUCUCCAGCGGUGGAGGUGGAGGAUUCUCCAGCGGUGGAGGUGGUGGAUUCUCUAGCGGGGGAGGUAACGGUGGAUAUGGAGGUGGUGGCGGAGGAUGUAGGGAUGGAGAGGUUCAACACGUGGACGGUUCAUGCGUCACACCUAUAAUCUCGCGAAACGUCUACGUUUACGACGCUCCCGACCAGCCUCAGCAGCCAAGCGGCCCCCCGCCGAGCAUCCCGCCGCCCAAAGUCGAGCACAACAUUGUCUUCGUCCGCCUUCCAGAGCAAGGCGAAGGACCUGACCCCGUCAUCGUUCCUCCGCCAAGGCAGGAGAACAUCAUCUACGUCCUGAACAAGAACGACGGCGGAGGAGGCCAGCGGGUGAUCGAAGUGACAGCUCCUCCUCCUUCCGAUCCUGAGGUCUAUUUCGUCAACUAUGCUGAUGGCGAGAAUCCCCAAUUGCCCAUUGGUGUGGAUCUGCAGACUGCCCUCCAAGCCGCUGCCAACGGCGGUGGCCAGGUUAUCGGCGGGGCUGGUGGAGCAGGAAGUGGUGGCCUGGGUGGAGGCGCAGGUGGAUUCGGAGGUGGUUCAGGAGGUGGAUUCGGCGGCGGUUCAGGAGGUGGAUUCGGCGGCGGUUCAGGAGGGGAUCGGCGGCGGUUCAGGAGUGGGAUUCGGUGCGGCGGUUCAGGAGGUGGAUUCGGCGGCGGUUCAGGAGGUGGAAUCGGAGGCGGUUCGGGAGGUGGAGCCCCAGAUGGAAACUACAGCCCACCUAGUAACACUUAUUCCGGGCCUUAGUCAAUUAUCCACCUGGAUAAGUCCACAGAUGAUACCGCUACGGUCAUCAACUCUUCAUAGUUAUAUUGUAUUGCUAUUUUUUUACUGUUUUAUUGUUGAUUCUUCUACAAAUAUAUCUCAUUUCCAUUAACUA